UGUGCGUUUCCGUUACAUAACCAUCCUGCAGGUCCACAGUGCGGACUCACCUCCUCUCAUCGCUUUACCUCCUCACAAUGGCAGCUCCGAAGAAAGUCUGCAUCAUCGGCUCUGGAAAUUGGGGUUCUGCCAUCGCCAAGAUAGUGGGCUUCAAUGCUGCUCACAAUUCAAAAUUUGACAGCACCGUUAAAAUGUGGGUGUUUGAGGAGAUGGUGAACGGGCGCAAGCUGACUGAAAUAAUCAACACUGACCAUGAAAAUGUGAAGUACCUCCCUGGGCACAAACUACCAGCAAAUGUGCUGGCCGUUCCAGACCUGGUGGAGGCGUCCAGUGAUGCUGACAUUUUGGUGUUUGUGAUCCCGCACCAGUUUGUUGGGAAAGUGUGUGACACCAUUAAGGGCAAGAUAAAGAAUGAUGCCGUGGGGAUAUCGCUCAUCAAGGGUGUUGACGAAGGGCCCAAUGGACUUAAACUCAUCUCUGAUGUGAUCCAGGAGAAGCUCGGUAUCACCAUGAGCGUGCUGAUGGGGGCUAACAUUGCCAAUGAGGUUGCUGAUGAGAAGUUUUGUGAGACCACCAUUGGAUGUAAGAAUAAAGCCCACGGGGCUCUGCUGAAGGAGCUCAUGCAGACUAAUAACUUCCGAGUUACUGUAGUAGAAGAAUACGAUGUGGUGGAAAUCUGUGGAGCCCUGAAGAACAUCGUUGCGGUUGGGGCAGGUUUCUGUGACGGUCUGGGCUUCGGGGACAACACGAAGGCAGCAGUGAUCAGGUUGGGCCUGAUGGAGAUGAUUGCCUUCGCUCGCAUUUUCUGCACUGCUGGGCCCGUGUCCUCGGCAACCUUCCUGGAGAGCUGCGGCGUGGCCGACCUCAUCACGACCUGCUACGGGGGCCGCAACCGCAAAGUAGCUGAAGCUUUCGUGAAGACAAGGAAGUCCAUUGAGGAGCUGGAGAAAGAGAUGCUGAAUGGUCAGAAGCUGCAGGGACCCGCAACAGCAGCCGAGGUCUAUCUCAUCCUCAAGCACAAAAACCUAAUUGACAAGUUCCCUCUGUUCAAUGCAGUGUAUCAGAUCUGCUAUCAGGACCAUCCUGUCUCUGAGUUCAUAAGCUGUUUGCAGAACCACCCAGAGCACAUGUAAACACAGGAAACUGACCAAGUGCCUUCUAAAUGAAGAACAUUAUCAUUUUUCACCUGUUACCUGUCAGAAAUGGAUUUGGGAUGACCAGUCGCUGACUCCACAGCUGUCAUGCAACUCAGUCGUUCCAGGCGGCGAGUAGAGAGGCUGCAUAACAUUUGUGUGUUCAUCUCUCGUUCGACCACUUUGUCUUUAACAUUCAGUUAUCUGACAUAAUUUAAGUGCUAACUGUUGAGGGUUUUCUUUCCCAAUGUGUCACAUAGCUCUUUCUUCCUGAGAUUUUAGUUUUUUUCCGAGCCGGAUGGAAUCAGAAUGCAUGGUGUCACUUUCUAGACAGCAACACUUAAAAACACUGAUACAGAUAUCCGGACUUUACUGGAUAUCAGAAUGAUCAUGAUUCGAUAUAGAUUUUAGAAAACAUUUGUUGAUGACACUGAGUUUUAGUCAACCCUUGACUGCCAUUCAGUUUCUAACAUAUUUGUACGAUGUUUAUGUGGCACUAGAUCAUGCAUUCAGAUUUUGGCAGGGCCAACCACUCAGGGCAAAGACCUAUUGACAGCCUUCCGUAGAGGAAAUUCUCGUUAUCUAACAUUUAUGUUGCCGUCCAGUGAAUGCCUGUCCAUCACCACACGUUGUUUAAUUAUACAGUAGAUGUUAUACCUCACUUCGUUAUGUCUUUGUAUGCUCUAAAGUGUCUUACAUAAUUCACUAUUUCCUGUCUUGUACUGUAUGACACUGUCAAAUGCACAGCAACUGUUUUUAACGUUAAAAUGCAAGUGCCUUAGAAAGCCCAGUUGCUAGGUCUUGACAAUUGUUGUUGUUUUUUUGGUCAAACCAAAGACUUAUCGUCCGUCCACUAAUGCCAUUUGUUAUUGUGACCCUGCCUGACCCCGUUUUCACUCAGUUACGGCUAAUGUGUGUUGGAAAUUAUGUCAUCAUUUGUCUGUGAAUAAAUUAAUUCAGUC